AUGAGUAAACAAUAUAAAGACAUUCGAGCAAAUUUUGUAUUUGAUGUAGCUCCAAAAAGUACUCAUCAAUCAAAUGAUGAAAUGCCAAUUGUAAUUAAGUAAUCAGACCCAAUAAAAAUUGAUAAGCAGUAAUAAGAUGUGCAAGAAAUCAAUUAAUAAAGAUAAUAAAAUUUUGAUGAAGAGAAGUUGAAAUCGUAUUAGAAAAUGUAUGAGAUGUGCCAACAAUUAUAUAAUGACAAGGCUUAACUUAUAGAUGCAGUUGAUUAAUAAUAGAAAUAAAUAUUAGAACUGGAAAGACAAAUUAAUGAAUUUGAGAAUUUGUAAGCAAAUUAUGAGAAGGAAUAGAUGUAAUUAAAGGAGGAAUAAUUAUAAUAUGUUCAGGAGAUUGAAACAUUGACUUGUCAGUUAUAAGUUGUGAUGGCUUAAAAAUAAGAUAUAAAUCAGAUGUAGAACAAUUACGAUGAAUUGUAUGACUAAUUGAUGAAUUUUUUAUAUUAAGAGAACCUUUAGGAGUUGAUAAAUGACUAGGAUAAAAGUAAUAAAAAGAUGAUUGUAUAGUUUUUAGUAGAAUAUUUAAUAAACUAAUAUGUCUAAAAAAAAAAUCAGGAAGAAAAAUUCUAGAUUCACAUUUAGGAUAAUAUUUAAAUAAUUUAUGAUUUAUAAAGUAAAAUUUAAGAUCUAACUUGUAAUCCUUACAGGAUCACCACUCCUAAGAGUGUGUUGAGUGACACUUUAAAAUAGAGCAAAUUGAGCAGCAGUGCAAGCCAUUUUCAUAAGACCAAUAGUGUUAAUGCUAACGACAAGGAAGAACUGCAAUCGAAGAUUGAUUCUUUAAAGCGUCAAGGGAAACAAAUAAAUAAAAAAUGGUAAGAGUUUUGUGAAAAUAUAUUAAGAGAAAGGAAUGAUGUUAUAAAAUAUCAUAAAAAAUAAAUUGAAUCUAUUGCUGAGUAGAAUCUAGAGUUAAAGAAAACUAUCUCUGAAAUCAUACAAUAUUUGGGAUAGAGCUAACAAGAUUUGUGGAUCUAAAUGUUGGAUAUUAAACAAAAAAUACAUUUGAAAGUCAUUGAUUUGAGUAGAAGUGACAAUGUCAAUUAAUUGUUAGUCGAGGCAGAACUUAAACAAUUGUUCUCUAUAUAGGCACAAUUGAGAAGUCAAUUAAAUCGUAAUCGACCAUUAAGAAAAGAUUUAUAAUGA